AGCUAAGGGAAGUGAAAUGGCCUACAAAGAAAAAAUCUGUCCGGCCGAUCGAAACAUAAAAUAAAAGUCGCAUAUUUGGCUUGUGAACCAACAGAAGAAACAACCAUAACGCACACGAGACUGACUACCGGCGUUUUGGGGUUAAAGAGAUUAUUUUUAUUGGAUAACGGACGGAUCUAAGCGAAGACGGAAGUAGACGGGAGUGACUGCUCUCACGUCGCUUCAAGACUUUCCAGUGCUUUGCCAGUAUGGUCGUACUGAAAGGGAUCCCUUCUGUUUUAUCACCUGAACUGCUGUAUGCACUGGCUAAAAUGGGCCAUGGGGAUGAACUGGUGCUUGCAGAUGCAAAUUUUCCAGCAUCUUCGAUUUGUGCUUGUGGUCCAACCGAGAUAAGAGCUGAUGGUUUGGGAAUCCCACAGCUGUUGGAGGCCAUUUUGAGGCUUCUGCCCCUGGACACCUAUGUCCCCUCUCCGGCUGCAGUCAUGGAUCUGGUGGACAGUGACAAGCAGAGGUGUUUAGCUGUCCCUGUGUGGGACACCUAUGCACAGCUCCUGGGUCAGGCUGGGUCACAGACUCCACUUGAGAAGGUGGAAAGGUUUGCUUUCUAUGAGCGAGCCAAGAAAGCGUACGCUGUUGUGGCAACAGGGGAGACGGCCCUGUAUGGUAACAUUAUACUGAAGAAGGGGGUCAUUCCUGCUGAGCUUCUACAGUGACACACACACACACACACACACACACAUUAUAAAGUAAUGAUUAUCUACUGAUCUAACCUUGAUGUUAGUCACAACUAAAAUUCUUUUCAGUGAAAAUCUUAAGAAGGUGAAUAUUUUUGAUAAUUUUGCUAAACAUACUUUCGCUUUUGUUCAGUUUCCAGCAGAAGCAGUGAAUUCAAAACAUAUUUUAUCUUUUUUCCUGCUUAAUUCAUACUCUUAAUAUGAUGUGAUUAAUCUUCAGUGUACAUGGAGCAGAAAUGUAUUUUUGUAAAUAAACUUCUGUGUUGUAUGCACAUUUCAAUAAAUAACACACGUGAAGUCCUUGAUGAGUGUG